AAAAGAAAAAGAAAAAAGAACCUUCUGAAUGAUAACAUCUUAAAAAAAAAUUAAAAAAAAAAUCAAGGGAACAAUGAAAACUAGAUUUCACACACAAAACCGUAGAUUCCGAGUGUUGGUCCUCGCUCUCUGAUUCCUUGUAUCUAUAUUCUCUGUUAAGUUGGUGUUCUGUCAAAAGUUUGGUUCUUGAUAGAACGAAAAUGGAAGGAGAGGCAACUCUAAAGGGUUUGGUUCACCAGCUCAAACAUGGGUUUCGAACAAUUUCCCUUAAGAGAUUGGCUUCAACUUCUGGGUUUCACAUAACAGUCACUGGUCUUUUGGGUAUUACUGGUUUUGCUUUGGCUAUUAUUAAAGAAGGGAAAUUGCGAAAAUUAACCAGCUUUCAAUGGUUUCCAAACAGUAAAACUCAUGAUCCUGACAAUUCACCUUCGGUACCCGGAUUACAAAACCUCGAAAAUAAUUGCUUUCUUAAUGUCAUUUUACAGAUUUUAAACCCAGAAAAAUUUCAGGCUCUAGCAAGCUGUUCCUAUUUCUUACCUUUUGUACAAAAGGCUAUAGAGGAAUGCGAACGGUCUGCUGCUGAGGACUUGGUUGACAGCUUACCGCUUACAUUUGCUUUGGCUGCUUUAUUGGAAGAACUAGAUGUGGUUGGUGGAAGAAGAGUCAUGUUGAGUCCGCGUAGUGUAAUGCUUGCGAUGGAGCACUAUAUCCCAGAAUUCAAUCUCACUAGCCAGCAGGAUGCAGCAGAAGCAUUUCUUCAUCUUCUGACCUCUUUAAGAGAAGAAUUUUCAGGCUGUUAUCAACCAAAUUGCGGCUCUUUAGUAGAAUUAUGUGCUUCUGACUGUAGAAUUAUUACUCCAGAGAGGAGGGAGGACCAAAGUCAGCAGGAAAGGUGGCAGCAGAGCUUUGUUGGACCAUUUGAUGGGAUUCUUGGUAGCAUCUUAACUUGUCAAAGUUGUUCUUCUCAGAUAUCGUUGAAUUUUGAAUCAUUUCAUAGCCUGCCUAUAUCACCAGUGCUUGAUGCCAGAGGCACCAUUAUGGUUGGAUGUAGCUUGGAUGAUUGCCUAAAGCAGUUCACUGUUUCUGAGCAAGUGGAGAAUUACCACUGCACCCAUUGUUGGCAUAUUGCUGGAAUCAAGUACUUAUCCUCUUUUGGAAUGGACGAGAAAGAGAUUGAAAAACUCAGAACAUGCCCCAAGCAGGAUUCUUGUGACUGCCAUAAAGUUUUACAUCUAGAUGCACUACCAUGGUCAAAUAAAUUUUCAUUCACUGUUAAGCAAAUAAGUAUUGCUCGUUCUCCUCAGAUUUUAUGCAUUCAUCUGAAACGUGUUUCAAUUAAUGUCCUUGGUGAACCAGUCAAACUUGAGGGCCAUAUUUCGUUUCCAUUAGUUCUGGACCUUUUCAAGUUCAUGAUGCAUGGGGUUGCAAUAGAGACUUGGGAAGAAAAUUUUCAAACAAGGAAAGUGCAGUUACAAUAUCAAAAACCAAGUUUUCAUCCCAACAAUUUUAAUAUACAAUUUGAUACAAGAAAUCUGAAUUAUAUGAAUAACAUUACAAGAGGAAGCAUUUUCUCAGAAGAAUUAGCUUCAAAUGAAUCUGGGAUUGCGCAUGCACAAAAUUUACCAGGAGAAUCCAGUUUUGUUCAAUCUAGAGGCUGUUUAAAAUCGACACAUACAGAUGUGCAGAUACAAUCAGAUGACCAGGUUCCCUUGAGUUUCAAAUUGGCCUCUUCAAGAAGUUGUUUGUAUCGUCUUGUUUCUGUUGUGGAGCAUUUUGGAAGGGCCGGUAGUGGGCAUUACACUGUCUACAGAUGUGUGAAAGCUGAUUCUUUUAAGGAAGAUGGUGAUAAUCUAUUUGAGCCUGCCUCGAUGUGCUGGUUCUGUAUUUCGGAUUCUGUAGUAUACCAUGUUUCUGUGGAAGAUGUUCUUUCUGCUGAGGCUAGCAUGCUAUUCUAUGAGAAGAUAUUAUAACAAUGAAUGUUGUUGUGAAAGUGAAGUUUAGUAAAAAAUGCCCAAAUGCUGAUGCUUCAACUUGGCCUGAAGGUUCUUCAUGCGAACAGUAGUAGAUCCAAGAGGCAUCUGCAAAUUAAACAUCUAAAAGGAAGUGUACAACUUACACAACCUCAACUUUUAGAUCAGGCAAAAGCGGGCCAGCAGGGUUUUUUUGGUCACACUGAAAUCUGGUGGUCAUAUAUACAUCGUCAGCUACCGGGAUACGAAUUAAAUACAAUAUUCUUUGUAAAGCUAAUGAAAUCUUGUUAGAAUGGUGCUUUAUUGUCUGAUGAUCCCUGCAUUUUUUGUUGCUAGUAUCUGUUGCAUAUAGAGUUCUUCCAAUGAUUAUUUUACUUCUACAGAUUUUUGGAGAGUGAUAUUCUUGGACAGAAGGCUUCAAGUAUAGUCCGUAUGCACAAAUCCUUAGUGAAUGCUUUUCUUUCCUGGUUUGUGGAAAUUGAACCUUAUGGCAUGCUUGACAUGGAGUAUAGAAUGUCACACUUGCAUCGUAUGCUCACCAGCUAAGACUUUCUUUGGAAUAGGUAUACUCCAUGUCACACUUGCAUCGUAUGCUCACCAGCUAAGACUUUGUUUGGAAUAGAUUUUGUAUCUGCUUUUGCUUAUUUAUAAGAGCUUUUUGAGAAGCUAUUUUUUA